AUGUUGGUAGUGAUCCUGCUGGGGCUUGGCUGGUUCUGCUCUCCCCUAGGAGCGCUCGUCUUGGACUUCAACAACAUCAAGAGCUCUGCUGACGGGCAAGGGGCUCGGAAGGGCUCACAGUGCUUGUCUGACAAGGACUGCUAUACCAGGAAAUUCUGCCUCAAGCCCCACGAUGAGAAACCCUUCUGUACUACCUGUCGAGGAUUACGGAGGAGAUGUCAACGUAAUGCCAUGUGCUGCCCAGGAAUGCUCUGCAUAAAUGAUGUCUGUACUACAAUGGAAGAUGUAACCCCAACAUUAGAAAAACAUAUUGAUGACCAAGAUGACACAGACACAAGAGGAACAACUGAGCAUCCAAUUCAAGAAAACAAACAUAAGAGGAAGCCAAAUACUAAGAGAUCACAAGGCAGUAAGGGACAAGAGGGAGAAAGCUGCCUUAGAACUUUUGACUGUGCACCUGGACUUUGCUGUGCUCGUCAUUUUUGGACUAAAAUUUGUAAACCAGUCCUACUGGAGGGACAGGUCUGUUCUAGAAGAAGUCAUAAAGAUACAGCUCAAGCUCCAGAAAUCUUCCAGCGUUGUGACUGUGGUCCUGGAUUAUUAUGUCGAAACCCAGUUACUGCCAAUCGACAACACACACGGUUGAGAGUAUGCCAAAAAGUCUAA